CCUCUCAUUCUGCUAACCUGUCUGUGACCCACUUCUCUCUUUCCUCAUUUUCUCUCUCUAACCCUUCUGCUAAGCCCUGCAAGAACUGAAAAUUGCAUCUUGGUUGUUAUAGCUUCUGGGUGUUGUAAUCAGUUUUGAAUGUUUUACUGAUGUUCAGAUAAAAGUUCUGUUCAAAUUUGCUGAUAAUCGGCGAUGUGCGGGUUAAGAAGUGAGUGCUGCUACUUGGUUGUCGGAUUAUUGAGCUUGGAAGGUGAAUUGUUUGGCAAAAACUACAGCGAUGUUUGAUUGGGACGACGAACAGCUUGCGAAUGUCAUAUGGGACGAGGCAGGUGAAAAUGAAGAUCACAUUGUGCCAUAUCCAGAUGAAACUUAUGAGAAACCUUCAGGGCCUUAUGGGGAGCACAGUAAGGUGUCAGACCAGGAUGCUGCUAAUGUGACUGAAAAGACACUUGUUUCUAUAACUGAUUCGCGAGUAAGAAGCAAUAUACAUUAUAACACACAUGGAACAGUUUCCACUGAUGGAUUUGGCUCACUGCCUGAUUUAUCUCCAUCGAAUGCUACAAAAUUGGACCUGGAACACACGGAUGGAAAAGCUCAAGUAGAUGACGGUGCUCAAGUUUUUGACAAUCAGCCUGAGGACAAAGAAGCGAAUAAUUUUGUUGAUUACCGCUGGGCCCAUGUGGGGAGCUUCGAUGAUCUAGAUAGAAUAUUAAGCAACGAUGACCUGGUGUACGGAGAUGCAAACAUUAGUAAUUCAGAGGCGUUGUGGUCAUCUCCUAAAGAUGUUAUUGGUUAUCCAGAGAAAUCUGAACUCUUGUCGAUCGACUCCCCGAAUUUGCGGUUAGGGGAUUUAAAAAGUGAUAGCCAUGGAAAAACUAAUGAUCACUUAUGUCAUUCAACCACAAGUUUGGCGAACUUGGAGUACGGUGGAGGCAAAAAUGAAAAUUUGCCAAAGGAAAAGUCAGCUUCAGAAAUUGUCGGAAGAACCCCAACCCUUGUUUGUUCGAUUCGUGAUGUCAAUGUUGCAAUACCAGAUAAAAUUGCAACCGACAAGCAUGUACAGAUGGGUGAGCAAAGCCAAAAAAUGGAAGGCCAAAAGAGUGAAACUAGACAACCCCAAACGUCUUGUGUUCCCUGGUUUUCUCUUGGCAAUCAAGGUAAAGAAUUUGAAGGACAUUAUAGACAACAUAUCAAAUAUUCUUCUUCGAAGGCAAGAACUCAACAAACUGAGUCUUCUACGUACAAGCAGUGCAUGCAUCCACUUCCACAUUCCUUUGGUUACAAAUUGAGGGAAAACCAGCAUUCAUCGUUGCCUUCAUUGCCACAAUUUCAUUCUGGUGAAGAAUAUCAACAGGUACCAUCUGGGAGCUCAUAUAUUUCAGACAGAACUCCAAAGACAGCAUUGAUGCCUACGAGCAUGAUGACACCUCAGGAAAAAGUCGAAAAACUAAGGAGGCGCCAGCAAAUGCGGGCAUUGCUUGCUGUCCGUAAGCAACAGCAGCAAUUUAGACACCAAGUCUCCUGUAACGGUUAUUCAAAUCUUGGGAAAUAUUUACACGAAAGCCAAAUGCAGUUUACAAGAGGAGGUAACGUGGAAAUCGAUGGAAAUCUGAGCACUCUCAUGUCUCUUGAUGGUAGUUCACCUCUUGAACAGAGUGAUUCAGAUGAAACUACAUUGGAAUAUACCAUAUUACAUCAACUUCAAAAUGUAAUCUCAAAGUUGGAUAUUGAAAUAAGGCUUUGUAUCAGAGAUAGCUUGUUUCGCUUGGCUCAAAGUGCUUCGCGGAGGCAAUAUGACGGUGACACAGUCGAUGCCAACAGAAGAAGCAGAGAUGAAGCUAGUGUUAUCGUGGAAGAAAGAUUAACUAGUACAAAAAGCUCAGCAAGAACCGCGGAUGGAGAGACAAAAACAAACCCCAUAGACCGUGCUGUGGCUUAUAUGCUUUUUCAUACAUCACCUGGGGAAUUUCUGCAUUCACCAUCGAGUCCUAAACAAACAACCACCACUUCAACAAACCUUCCAACGGGAUUUCUUAGUGAGAACUAUGAAGAUGAUCAACUUUCUUGUUUAUUUGAGCAAAGAAACAAAGAAACAGCCGGUGGCAGUGGAGAUGAGAUUGAAGCAUCUUCACGAGGGGCACCAUUUCUUUGAAGCUAUGCAACGAAAGCCAAGUACAUUGCUUUGGAUUCACCGCGGAUGAUCUUGUUUCUCUGUAAGCUGAUUAAAUCCUUUCGAACACGGUUUUUGGAAUCGUGGAAGCCUUCACCUCAAAGGAGACAUCAUAUAGAUCAGAAACUAUAGGGAAUGGCAGUCAAUGGUCUUAGAUACUUUGUAUAAUCUUUAAAUUACUUAAUUUCGACAAUGAGGUUGAGUUUCUGUUUACA